AUGCAGAUGGACUUGGGCAAACCAUACAGUCAUAUCUACUGGCAGGAAGUUUCUUUCUUUGUUGAUCGCUCGGAUAUUUCUCCCUUUCCCGAUUCUUUCUUUUCUCUCUCUCUCGAUCGCGCGAUUCUUUCUCUCUCUCUCUCUCUCUCGAUCGCGCGAUUCUUUCUCUUCUCUCUCUCUCUCUCUCGAUCGCGCGAUUCUUUCUCUUCUCUCUCUCUCGAUCGCGCGAUUCUUUCUCUUCUCUCUCUCUCUCUCUCGAUCGCGCGAUUCUUUCUCUUCUCUCUCUCUCUCUCUCGAUCGCGCGAUUCUUUCUCUCUCUCUCUCUCUCGAUCGAUCGCGCGAUUCUUUCUCUUCUCUCUCUCUCUCUCUCUCUCUCUCGCGAUUCUUUCUCUUCUCUCUCUCUCUCUCUCGAUCGCGAUUCUUUUCUUUCUCUUCUCUCUCGAUCGCGCGAUUCUUUCUCUCUCUCUCUCUCUCGAUCGCGCGAUUCUUUCUCUUCUCUCUCUUUUUCACCACCACUUUUGUCUUUCUUACACUCUCCAGCUUUUCCCCCCACUCUCUCUCUGUUCUAGAUUCCCUGCGCCACUUCAGCUUUCGACAUUUUCUCUUUGGUAA